AUGUCUGAUGUACCUCGUCAGACCUCAGACUGCGUCUCCGAGCGUUCUUCGCUGAUACCCAGGGCACCACAAUCCGGAGACGUACCACCACCAACCUUCGCUGAGGGCGGGCGUCGGGGCUGGCUCACCGUCCUGGGCGCUUUCGGCGUACAAUUCUCGACCUUCGGCUACGCAACCUCCUACGGUGUCUACGAGACGUACUACUUGAAGACCCUACUCCGAGACCGUACCCUCUCAGAAAUCGCCUGGAUCGGCUCCAUCCAGACCUGGGCCUUGUUGUCCACCAGUAUUGUCAGUGGGCCACUUGCCGACAGGUUUGGCCUACAGGUGGUCCUGUGGCCAGGCACAGCAAUCUACGUACUCGCCGUGCUGCUGGUGAGCUUCUGCGCCGAGUACUGGCAGUUUCUUCUCUGCCAGGGUUUCCUGGUUGGAGUUUCCGCCGGCAUGAUCUUUGUGCCCUGCGUCUCGGCCGUAGCGCACCAUUUCCACCAGAAACGCGGCCUCGCCAUGGCGCUGGCUUCGGUGGGCUCCCCACUCGGUGGCAUUGUGUUUCCCCUGCUACUGGGAAAGCUUCUAUAUGGCACAGGAAUUGGAUUCAACUGGUCGCAGCGCAUCGUUGCGGCACUGGUGUUGGUGGUCCUGCUGGGCUGCACAUGCUUCCAUUCAAAGAAUGACGCAAGUCGUCGCGCCGGUCCGUUGAUUUUGCUAUCGGCGUUCAAGAUCCCCGUAUACACGCUGCAGGUGUGCGCCAUGGUGUUCUUGUUCCUUGGCGUGUUUACUCCCUAUGUCUUUGUUGCCGAAUAUGGCGUCCGGCAUGGCAUGCCUGAAGAGCUGGCUACGUACAUGUUUGCCGUUACGAAUGCGGGUUCCUUUCUUGGUCGGACGCUGGGAGGGGCUGCGUCUCUGUGUCUGGGACCGUUCAACGUGAUGGUUCUCGCGGCAUUUAUGGCUUCCAUAUCGCUGUUUUCGUGGCUUGGUAUCACGUCGACGCCGGCGCUGCUUGCUUUUGCUGCUACUUAUGGCGCUGUGUCCGGACUUCUCAUAGGAAUCAUGAUUGCUACGUUGGGCCAUUCUGCGCCUCAUCCCAGUCAGAUCGCGACUUUCGUUGGUAUGGCCUCGGCCAUUAUGGGUACCGCCGCAUUGACUGGAACGCCUAUCGCUGGCGCUCUCAUUACAACAGGCGGCAACUACAGUCAUGCCAUAUUAUACAGUGCCACGGUUAUGACCAUUGGAGCGUUGUUAUUUCUUGCCGCACGCCUCGCUCAAAGCAGGAAACAACUGAUCGUGUAA